UGUAGAUUUGUAGUAAAAACCCAGACUCAUUUCUUGCCACCUCUCGCUGUCGCCGGAACCAACCAAAGGCGCAUCUCUGCGCGCACUCUCCCUCUCCCUAGGGUUUCGAUCCGCCCUGUGCUCCGUCUCUCCUCGUCGUCCUCUUCGAUCUACGCUCUCACUGCCAUCGCCACUGCCACCGCUGGUGACCAUCUCCAUAACCCGAGUGCAGAGUCGAUCGCUCACUGAUAUCCCUGUUCGUAUCUGCCUCUAUUUCAGCUGAUGGCCAAGACCAAGCCCGGCAAGAAGGACCUCGAUUCCUACACUAUCAAGGGCACCAACAAGGUCGUCAAAGUCGGUGACUGCGUGCUGAUGCGGCCGUCGGAGUCGGAGAAGCCGCCGUACGUGGCCAAGGUGGAGAAGAUCGAGGUGGACCACCGUAACAACGUGCGGGUGAAGGUUCGGUGGUACUACCGCCCUGAGGAGUCCAUUGGCGGCCGACGGCUGUUCCACGGCGCCAAGGAGUUGUUCCUUUCGGAUCACUACGACGUGCAGAGCGCGCACACCAUCGAGGGAAAGUGUAUUGUGCACUCGUUUAAGAACUACACCAAGCUUGAGAAUGUCGGGGCUGAGGACUACUUCUGCCGCUUUGAGUACAAGGCGGCCACUGGGGCUUUCACACCUGAUCGUGUUGCCGUGUACUGCAAGUGUGAGAUGCCUUACAACCCUGAUGAUUUGAUGGUACAAUGUGAUGGAUGCAAGGAUUGGUUCCAUCCAUCUUGCAUGGGCAUGAGUACUGAACAAGCAAAAAUGUUGGAACAUUUUCUGUGUUUAGACUGUGACUCGGAAGAUGAUGCAAAAAGAUCAUCGAAUGGAUAUCCAGAUUCGACAAUUUCUGAAUCCAAGGUUGAACCUAAGAGAAGAAAAAGGUAACUGCUAAUUGCUUUAGAUGGAUGUGCAUUUUGUAAAACCCCAUCAUAAUGCUGGUACUAUGAAUGAGAUUGUACAGUGCAGAGAACAAAGAGUUUGACCAUAACCAUUGCACUGUUAUGAACUUUGUGAUUGUUUAAGGUGGCAAUAUUUGCACUGGAGGAAUCAAACGCUGGUGUUUCUCAAAUCUCAAAUAUUCACCCCUCUUGAUUACACUUCAGCCAUAUGAAUAUGCUUUAGUUUCAGUUCAUGUCGUGUGUUAUCUUCCAACCCCUGUCUAAACCACAUCCGACCUGACCGUUCGACCUUGGACUACUAAGGAGGUGUGGUCAGGUUUCAAAAUAUCUCUUGUUUGAGUAAGAUGUGUGGAAGUUGAAAGUUUCUGUAGGUUUUUCCUUGAAUUGCUCUUUUCUUUCAGGUGAAAAAUGGCAUGAAAUUUCUGCAUCACGCGCAGAGACGGAAUGAAUACUAGACGGUCCGGUCCGUCUUCUUCCUUAGAUUCUCCGAAACCCAUAGAAUCCGGUAAUUUGAACAUAACUUGAGUUUGGAUUUGCAUUUGUAAUAAUAUUUAAUUUAAUUACUAAUUAUCAACCAA